CUUAUCAUGUUGAGUUUAAAUUGUUGAUUUUAUUAUUGUAACUUAUUUAUUAUUUAAUCAAUUGUGAUCAAUUUAAUUUAACCAAUUUCAACGAGAGUUUCUUCAAUACCACCGAUGAUCUGAUUAUCCGGUUUAUUGGUUAAUCCAGUUAAUCUUCACCUUUCUCUCUUUUUUUAUUUGUUUUUCUAUGUUAUUUGGAUUUUUACUUGUUCUCUAAUUUUUUUUUCUCGUAUCCUAUUAAUUCUUGUAAUCAUGACAAGGAAUAACAUUCAUUAUUAAUUAAUUACCAGAGGAGUUGAAUUUGUGGUCAGAGAGACUAAAUUGGAAGAAGAAAAAGAAAAGGCCUGAGGAAGAGGAAACAAGUUAAACUGAAGGUUCACAAUCGAAUGACAUCUCUCAUAUGUGUCAAUAUUAAAUAGAAUUUACCUUUUACUUUCUUCUCUAACCUUGACUUUUUUUUUCUUUUUAGUUUUAUCCACCACCCUCCACCUUUUUCCUCUCUCUCUCUCUCUCUCUCAAUUUCUCUUGUCUUCAUCGUCAGCUUUAUCUCUCUACUAUUCUUCAGUACCAUCAUCAUCAUCAUCCUCAUCCUCUUCUAUCUCUGACUUUUUUUGUCAAUCUAAUUUUACUGUUUAUUUGUUAUUCUAUCUGUUCCUUGAUUCCUUUUUUUAUCUUUCUUUUUAUACCUCUACCUCUUUCUUUUCUUUCUGUCGUCAAAAUUUUCUAUUCUUCGUCUUGAUCAUCACAAUCAACUAAUUGCAUAACCGUUGCUGCUUAUCCGGUGGGCUUGACUUGAUUUACGGUCGUCAACUUUUGCGUUUGCUUCUUGAUUCAACUUUUUUCUUCUUCUUCUUUCUAUUUGUGACUUGCUUUUUGUUAUAAUUGUGACAACAAACAUUUAUAUUCUAUUAAGUGUAGUGACUCGUUUAAAGAGGAUUGAGGAUGGAUAAAGGUAUGUUGUCCUCCUCCUCUUCCCGUAAUCUAUGUGAUUUUUCAUCAAGUUCCGAGAAUGGUGAAGAAACAACUGAACUUGAUUGUUUCCUUAAAUCGGGUACCAAAGAAUUGGAUACAGAACUUGUUGGUAUUGGACAGUAUGAUGAUUUCCAUACGAUUGAUUGGCAGCGUGAUAUUGCUCGAGAUCGAACCAGACAUCGUUCCAUAAUCCGUAGGAAAAAAGAUUCUCUUCUGGAAUCAUUCAGAUCGACUCAUGAUGCUUGGUCAGGCUGGUUAUGUGUUUCUCUUGUCGGUAUUCUUGCUGGUAAUGUUGCUGGUGUCAUCGAUAUUGGUGCUGGUUGGAUGAAAGACCUUAAAGAUGGCAUUUGUCCAGAAGCUUUUUACCUUAAUCGUGAACAGUGUUGUUGGUCAUCUAAUGAUACAGUUCUAGAGAUUUAUAAUUGUACCCAAUGGAAAACAUGGCCACAACUACUUGGAAUCACCAAGACAAGUUCAUUUGGUUAUGCUUUCGUUUCUUAUAUUCUUUAUGUUUUAUUCAGCUGUUUCUUUGCCGGUUUAGCUGCUCUCUUAGUUCAAACCUUUGCACCUUAUGCCUGUGGAUCGGGUAUACCUGAGAUUAAAACAAUACUCUCAGGUUUCAUCAUUCGUGGUUACCUUGGUAAAUGGACACUUAUCAUUAAAUCAAUUUGCUUGAUGCUGGUAACCGCAUCAGGCCUUAGUUUGGGUAAAGAAGGUCCUUUAGUUCAUGUCUCCUGUUGCAUUGGUAAUUUUUUCAGUCAUUGGCCGUGUUUCUCAAAGUAUGGUAAAAAUGAGGCUAAAAAGAGGGAAAUUUUAUCCGCUGCUUCCGCUGCCGGUGUUUCCGUUGCUUUUGGUGCACCAAUUGGUGGUGUACUUUUCUCACUUGAAGAGGUUUCAUAUUAUUUUCCUCUUAAAACCCUUUGGAGAUCAUUUUUUUGUGCUUUAAUUGCUGCUUUCGUUGGACGAAGUAUCAACCCAUUUGGCAAUGAACAUCUUGUCAAGUUUUAUGUUGAUUAUACACGCCCUUGGGUGCUCUUUGAAUUGGUUCCAUUUGUUUUCCUUGGUAUAUGUGGUGGUGUCAUUGGAACUCUUUUCAUCAGGGCUAAUAUAAGAUGGUGUAGACACAGGAAAGAAUCUAAAUUAGGUCGAUAUCCGAUUACUGAGGUUCUCGUUGUGGCUCUUGUCACCUCCAUGUUAUCAUUUCCUAAUGAAUUUACUCGAAUGGAUUCAUCUGACCUUAUUCGUAUUCUUUUCUCCCAAUGUGGCAUUGCCGAUGCCUCUGAUCUUUGUGAUUAUAAGCGUAAUUUUACCAACGUGAACAAAAAGUUAUUCAACAAUGCCGAAGCUGGACCAGGAGUCUACAAGUCAAUCUACUUAUUAAUUCUCGCUCUUAUAUUCAAAUUGGUAAUCACAGUAUUCACUUUUGGCAUUAAAAUACCGACCGGUCUUUUCAUCCCUUCCAUGUGUAUGGGAGCUAUUCUCGGUCGUGUCGUGGGAAUAAUCAUGGAACAGAUCGCUUUCCAAUAUCCCAAAUUGUCAAUCUUCGGUGGUGCUUGUUCAACAGGAGUAAAUUGUAUGACACCCGGUAUUUAUGCUAUGGUUGGAGCUGCAGCAACUCUAGGAGGAGUAACUCGAAUGACAGUCUCUCUAGUUGUGAUAAUGUUUGAGUUAACUGGAAGUGUUAACUUUAUCGUCCCCCUAAUGUCAGCUGUGAUGGCCUCUAAAUGGGUGGGUGAUGCCCUGGGCAAAGAGGGUAUUUAUGAUGCUCACAUCAAUCUAAAUGGUUAUCCAUUUUUAGAUAGUAAAGAAGAGUUCACCUAUACAACUUUGGCCGCCGAUUGUAUGAAACCGACACGUAGUGAUCCACCGUUAGUACUUUUAACUCAAGACUCAAUGACUGUCGAUGAUAUUGAUACUCUAUUAAGAAAUUCACAUCACAAUGGUUACCCGGUGGUAAUUUCUCGUGAAUCACAAUAUCUAGUAGGUUUUGUCCUUCGAAAAGAUCUUCAAAUCGCUCUAACUUCUGCUAAGCGAACCAGUGAACUCUAUGAAAAUACUCGAGUCUUUUUCAAUGGAGGUGCCGAUAUACCAACUUCCACCGGUGAUGGUUUACCUCAACCACUCAAUUUAAGACGAAUAGUUGAUUUUGCUCCAAUCACAAUUACCGAUCAAACUCCUAUGGAAACAGUUAUCGAUAUGUUCAGAAAACUUGGUCUUCGUCAAGUCCUAGUUACACAUAAUGGACGUCUCCUAGGAAUCAUUACAAAGAAAGAUGUCCUUCGCCAUAUUAAACAAUUGUCUAAUGAAGAUCCUGAAUCGGUCCUUUUUAAUUAAUCUCUAUAAUCUGGUCAUCACCAUUAAUCAUAAUUAAUCCCACCCCAGUCAUCCAAUUGAUUUCAAUCUUGAAAUUGAUGUGAAUAUAAACAAAAGGCACAAUCAUUUAUUUAAUUACAAUCAAAUAAUUUGGAGAAACAAAACAUUUUCACUUGAAUUUUGUAUAUCAAAAGCGGAAAGAAAAGGUGACUGGCGAAAACAUUGAUUCGAAUGACCAUGAAAAUGGAAUUACAAAGAAAAAAGAUAUUUUUUUGCCAUGGAAAAGUUAUUGGAGUUAUGGUUUUUUUCAAGGUUCGAUUGUGGAUCAAGUUGAAAUGGAUUAAUCUUAUUGAUCGACAAUGAUUGGGAUUUGUAAAUCUCCAAUUUCAAUCAAGGGAAAUAUGAACUCUAUUUAUUACGUGUUGUUAAAUUGUGUACACAAUUUAUUGUAAAAAUAUUGUAUUUUUUGUUAUUACCUAAACAACAAACCAUCAAUCAACUCAAUCAUUUUAGCAUUUGUUCACAAAGGAGGAAAAACAAGCAAACAAUUAACUUAAUUCUUUCUUUUUCUUAAUCAACAUUCAAUCGUAUUCCUAAUCGAUCAAUCAAAUCCACAAUCCUCUCUCAUAUUCUUAUUGUAAAAAAAAAUCAAAUUGAAAACAAACUCUAAUUGUCAAAAAAAAGAGAAACACAAAUCGUAACAAAAUUAACUGGUUACAAUUAGUAAACUCUGUUGAUUAACCAAGAGAUUGAUUGAAGAAAAAGAAAAGAAAUUUUAUCCAAUUUAA